UUCCAAAGAUAAACAACCAAAAAUGAGUCAAUCCAAAAUUUAAACCCGAAAAAAUGUCAAAAACGAAACGCAAACCAUGGAAAAAGAACCUUUACGAGAACCAAGGAUACGAAGACAACUACACAGACCCGAGUUUCCUGAAAGAACUUGCCACGAACAAAGAUCUCAAGAUAUUCGAUUAUCGCGAAGCCGUUCGCGGAGCAAGUCGUCUCGUCUUCCAAGGAUCCAUCGUGACAUUUUUCCUGAUAAUUUUCUACUAUCUCUACGAUGAACGCAUCUCGCCCUCCGCUGUCUUCCUCUAUUCAAGCAUUGCGACGAUUUUUGGGUUUUUUUGCUACAUCGGCAAGGAAAUCAACGUCUCGACAUGCGUUGAAAAUUCCCGAACGGGCGUUUGUGUGCUCGUUUUUGGAUAUAUUUUCAGUCCGUUGUUGCAUACUUUGACCGAUAGCAUCAGCACGGAUACAAUUUUCAGCACAACUGGCUUUGUGAUGUUUUUGCAUUUGGUUUUUUACGAUUACGGGAUCUCGUCGUUCAUCGUGUCGAAGGCAAUUUCACUGAAUGCGGCGAUUUUUGGGGCAAUUUGUUUGGCUUCGCGGCUCUCAUCGUCAUUCCAUGCCUUUGUGUUGCUCACAAUGUCAAGUGAGUUCUUCGCUUUGGGCCCAAUUUUGGUCGAUCGCAUUUGGACUCCGUACUUGGUGCUUCCCGCAAGUGCCGUUUGCAGCUAUUUUUUGUAUCAGAUAUCGACUCCGGUGCUCGUGACGUAUUUGUGGUUCCUGUUUUUCCUCAAUAUCGUGUGUCCUUACAUUUUUUGGCGGCAACAGGAGAACAAAAAGACCAUUUUUGGGCCAUGGGACGAGGCGAUAGUCGAUGAAAUUGAUGUGAAUAAAGACGACAAGAAGAAACAACGUUAAUUUCGUGUUUUUCUCGUGUCGUUGCUGACCAAAUGUGGUAAUCUGCAACGUUCUCGAUGAUAAAUUACACUCAAAUGUUGACUCUUUGCGCAAAAUGAUGAUGACUCGGGGCAAUUUUUCCCAUGAAAAUGCAAAAUUUACCUCGGAACGAUGAAUUUUUGUCACAAAAACACACACAAACACCAUUUGCGGCAACAUGUUGUCUCAACAUGCAAAAUUUAUUGGUCACCCACAAUCUCUCCGUCAUCAUCAACAGCAUCCAUGCUGAAAAUUUUACUCGAAAGGAGACGUCUGGUUGCCAAUUCUCAAGAAAUGACAACAAAAAGUGCAUUGAUGCGGCGUUCAAAUGUAAUUUGGAGCAGGUCAAGCGCGAGUAAUUGGUAUGCAGCAAGAACUUUGUAACAGAAUUUGUGUGUGAAGUUGUGGAAUGUGAUGCAACACAGCAAAAAAAAAAUAAGAUACCAAAGCAAAAAUUCAACAAACGUCAGUUUACUGCAGUAUUACGGAUAAAUUACAUCGAAUCAAUUUCAGUACGACAGAACGACAGAUAAAAGCAAUCAAACUAAGUAAAUGCACGAUGAGCAGUAACGAUUCAUUUUGAAUAAUUUGCAUUUUUUAAAGGGACUCCAAUGCGGUUUUCAGCUGAAAAUAAAAAUAAAUUUUAGUCAGACAGACAAAGUUUGUUUAGCUGAAAGCCAUUUUUGUCAUCGUUUCUUGUUAAUUAAGAUUUUUUUUUUGUGGAAAUUAUUUUGUAUAGUUUUGAACUUUUGUGAACAAAGAAUAAUUUCUAAGCAUAAUU